GUUACAUCCUGGCUCUGGGAUUUGAAUUAUUGCCCCGGGAAAAUCCACAAUGGAAAGUUAUCUCCCGCUCAGACGCAAGAUAUGAUUAAGUUCGCUGUACGCCCGCCGUUCAAAAUGUCACAUCGAUCGUUACCCUUGGAAUGUAUACUGUUGGAUUAAACCACAGAAAGAAUAGAAUGCUGGCGCGAUAUGAUAUAUCUGCGGCGAAGCAGCUCAUCACAGUUGAGGGCCGGGCGUUGCCCUCACCGAAUAUUAUGUAUGGUGGAAGGAUCAGCACCAAACAAUCCGCUGGCUCCUGUAAUACGGUAAAGGCUAAGUUUAGCAUCCCAGGGCAACGGUUGCUGAAGUGGUCGUACCUUCUGCUGUCAAUUCCAACUGUACGAGAUGCCUUCCCGAGCGUCACUAUUUUCAAGUUUGUCCUCAGUAAGUUACGAACGGCACUUAUUAGCGCUGGUUUUCUUGCAGAAGCCCCCAUGACUGGAAGGGUGGCCAAAGCGAGUGAGGAUAGUACUGCAGAGCUUGAUAAUAUUCUUGGAGGUGCAGCUAAAAUCUUGGACCUCAUCCAUAUCCUCUUGCCUGAGAAAGAUAUCUUCGGGUACCUGAAGAUUAAACGGCUGGGUGAUGUUGAAUUUGGACUACAGACCCUCUGUAGCAUUGGCUGCGAGCUUGCGGGAAAAAGGGGUCAAAGUGAAGAUCAAUACCACAGGAACCUCGGUAUAUAUAUAAAAAGCCUGGCCUUGAAAUUCAACCUUAGACUGGGUGAAACAAAUCACAUUGUUGACAAACCUUGAGUAUUGUCAACGAGGAUCAGACCAUGAUUGUGGGCUUAGAUGUCACUCUCCCUACUGGAGCGCCCAAGGGCUCUCAAGCCUUCGCACCUAGUGUGGCAGGGAUGGUGGCUAGCGUUGACAAACUGCUCGGGCAAUGGCCUGCAACCACCUAGAUCCAGUCACGAGGACGCAAGGAAGAAAUCGAUAACUUGGAUAUUAUGAUGAAGCAGCACUUUA